AUGGACAAUUUAUAUUAUAAUAUAUAUACAAGUGAAAUAUAUGAAAAAAAAAAGUAUGCCUUUAAAAAUAACAUUCAUGUGAAAGAGAAUGUUUUAAAGGAUGCAAAUAUAUAUGAUUAUAUAAUAAAAUAUACAUUAAAUGUUAUAGUAAAUAAUAUUGUUAAUAAUAGUAUAGACCCCAAAUACAAGUAUGAUUGUGAAUCUUUUAAGAAUCAUAAGAAUAAUGAUAUAUCAAAUUUAAAAUAUAGGUCAACACAAAAUGACUUUCUUAUUUCAAAUAUUUUAAAUAAACAAUAUAAAAAUAUUCCAAAAAUGGAUUUACAAAAUGAUAUAAAAAAUUGUAAUUUAAUACCAUCCGAAUUAGAGGCUUUUUCAUAUAAUAAAAUUUUAUCGUCAUCAAGAAUGUAUGAAUAUGAAGAAUUGAAUACCUUUAAGGAUAGUUUUAUUACAUACAUAAUAAAUAAUCCACACCUAUAUAAGAACAAGCUUGAAGUGAUCUUAAGUUUAAUUAUAUUUUCAUUUUAUAAUGCCAAGAAAAACAUGGGAAGUUAUUAUUUGUUUGAUGUUUUGAUGAAAACGAUAAAUUAUUAUAAAACAUAUAAUAAACUCAAAACAAGUUUUAUACUUUUUUCUCCCAUCAUUCAAGUGCAAAAGAAACAUAAACGAUAUGUUAACUUAAGUGAUAUUAUAUUAAACCCUUAUGAUAAUAAUAAUAAUAAUGAUAAUAAUAAUUAUAAUAAUAAUAAUAAUAAUAGUAAUAAUAAUGAUAAUUAUAAUAAUAAAAGUUACAGUGAAAACCUUCUCUUAACAUUUGAUAGUACCAAACAACUUAUUAACAUUGUACGAAAAUAUCAUGAUAUUUGUGGAAGUACUACAGCCACUUCAAAUACAUUAUCUACCGUUAGUAAGAAAAAAAGAAAAGGUGCAUGCCACCUGCACAAGAAAAGAGUCAAUUUUAAUGAUACACAUUUUAAAGAUUUUAAAAACAAGAGAAAUAAAGAUAUUAAAGAAUUGAAUUUUUUAAAUCAUGAGCUAACCAAAAAAAAGCUAGUUCAAUAUAAUAAAAAAAAAAAAAAAAAAGUGAAAAAGUAUCAGUGUCACGAUAUAAGCCACAAAAAUUGUGAUAAUAAUAUAUUUCAAUUUCAUUUUAAUAAUUCAGACCAAAGUCAAGAGAGACAACGAGAGAAUUUUCAAGGAGUAGUAUUAUCUUAUAUAAAGUAUAAUAAUUCGAAUUUUAAUUUAUCAUGUUAUAUAAGUAUAAAAAAUUAUAAUUUUAAUUCGAGCAUUAGAAUAUGUUACGUUCCAUAUUAUAAUAAUUAUUAUAGUAAUAAAAAUAUAUGGUCCAAAUUAAACAUGAAAAUGUUUUUGUAUUGUUGGUGUUCUGUUGAGGAGGUAUGUUUUUCAGACUGCACGAUGAAUACUUUAGAAUAUGUAUCUAAUGAAGAAAAGAUUAAGAGGCUUGAAAAAAUAAAUUACUAUAAGGAUAAGUAUAAUAAGAUGAUAAAUGAAGAAAGGAAUAAAUUAGAAAAAAACAAAAUAAUAUUAAAAAAUAAGAAUAAAUGGAAUAAUUAUCAUAAUUACUAUAAUAUUAGUAAUAGUAGUAAUAUUAAUAGGUGGUGUCCUUGUAAUAGUGCAGAACAGAAAUGUAAAAAGAUGUAUCUUUGUAAUAAUGAUUAUUCAUUACUUGCUACAAGUGAGAAUAUAAAAUUAAGAGGAUAUCAUAAUAACAAUUAUAAUAGAUAUAAUUCAUGUAGUUUUAUCAGCAACCUUAAUGAUGAUGGUAUAUCUACAAAAUUUCCAAACAACAGAGAUGUGGAACCUGGAUACAAUAGUGAUAAUAAUAUUGUUUAUAGAAAUAACAAAAGGAAGAGAAGAAAGAAGAAACGUUUUAAUGUAUGUAAAAAUGAAAAACAUUAUUGUAAAUAUUUAAGUGAUGAUGAUAUGACAUAUGAUAAUUAUUGUAAUUAUUUUUAUGAAAAUGUCGAGAGUGUAAAUGUAUCUAGUUAUUUAUAUUAUUUCAAAUUAAUAAAUAAAAAAAGGUUAAAUAUGAAAAUUAAUCAGAUGGAACAAAAGAUGGAGUUUAACUAUGAUGUUUUUUUAAGAUCAAUUUAUGAGAGUAAUGAAAAAAAACGAAAUAUGAUAUACAACGGAUAUUAUAAUUCUGACAUAUAUAAUAAUAUAGAAGAAGAUUAUAAUUAUGAAGAUUCUAAUGAUGAGAAUUAUCAUGAAAAUGAUGAUUAUAAUAAUAAUAGUAAUAAUUUGAAUGAUUGUUAUGAUAUUAUAGAGAAUGAAGACAUGUUACCACACCAUGCUUGUUUAAAUUAUGAUCAUUUUAAUAUGAUAACAUGUUAUGAGAAAAUAAUAAAAUAUAAGCCCUUAACUACAAAAUAUAUUUUAUGUUGUAAGGAGGUUUUUUUCUGUUCUAGUGAAGAAUAUGAAGAUGAUGAAAUGAACCACCAUAAUCAUCUUAAUCACCUUAAUCAACUUAAUCACCUUAAUAAUCAUGAUAAUAUUAACCACAUUAACAAUCACAAUCACAAUAAUAAUAAUAAUAAUAAUUGUAGUAAUAAUUCAUUUUAUAACCAUAGUAGUAAUUAUUCACAUAUGCCAGAUGGAAGACGCAAAGGUAUGAAGAGAUUUGUAGAAGGUAAUAAUAUAAAUAAAGAACACCAUGGAUAUGGUGAGGAGGAAGAAGAAUACGAUGCAUACCAUAAUGAAAAUAUUGGUAACAGUCGAGUGAAUGGGCUCUUAAGUAAUCGCAUGAUGAAACAAGAAAUUGAUGAUGACAUGGAAAAUCAUAGAAAUAAUAACAAUAAUAAUAAUAAUAAUAAUAUCAAUAUUAAUAGCAAUAUCAAUAGUAAUGGUAAUAUUAAUAAUAAUAGUAAUGUUAGGGGAGAGAUGAUGAAUGGAUUUAAUUAUAAUAAUGAUCUUCAUUUAAAUAAUAUAUAUGUAAAAGAGGAAAUGAAAGAUAUUAAUUAUAAUGAUACUGAUGAUAUACAUGAUAUGGAAGAAGGAAAAGAUUUUGAAAGUGUUAUUGAUGAAAAUAAUGAAUAUAAUGAAGAGAUAGAUGUAAAAUAUGAAAUAUCUACAGAAAAUAAUGAAGGUACUACUUUACAUAUACCAUCUAAUGAUAUGGAUAUUGGAAAAGGUGGUAGUAUGACUGAUCAUGGAUUGAAUAGUAAUAGUAAUUUUCUCUGCACAAGUUCAACAAAUGAAAAUGGUUUAGAUAUGAAUAUGUUAGAUAACAAAAUGAAGAAUAAUAAUAUGAAUAAUAAUAUGAAUAAUAAUAUGAAUAAUAAUAUGAAUAAUAAUAAUAAUAAUAAUAAUAAUAACAGUUUGAAACAUAAACCUCAACAAAAAACUAAUAAUGAAGGAAAAGAAAAAGUAAAAAGACGACGUAAAAAUCCUUUUAGUAGAAGUGUUGUAGGUAUGUCUCCUGCAAGUAAUAAUGAUAUGUCAAAAGCUUAUGGUGAUAUGAUGAAAGAUGGUUCAAAUAAUUUUAUGUACAAGAAUUUUGUUGUUCCUAAAAAGCCGAAUAACUUUUCUUAUUUAAAUUAUAAAGAAGUAAAAGAAUAUUUAAAAGAUUUGACUAUACUAAAAAGUGGAGCAAAUUGGAAAACUUAUAAAAUGGAAGAUUUACCAGCUGAAUUGUAUAAAAAUAUUAGACCAAUAAAUCAAAGAGUAACUGGUUUCAAAACAGUUUUAUUGGUUGAUGAAUUAUUUGAAAAAUUAUGGGAAUUCCCAAAUACAGACAUGAUCAAAGUUAGGACAGUAACUAGAGGAGAUCAAUUUAUUGGUGAUAUUCGAAUUGACUUUUAUUAUCGCCAGAGUGAGAGAACCUUAUGUCGUGCAUGUGGAAGGCACAUCCUUAAGCAGAAGUUUGCCACGGAGCACUACCAAAGGAAUAUAAAUUGCUGGAAAGAAGUUAUGUGGAGAUUAGGAAUACCGGAGCUGCAUUACUACAACUCAGUUCGAAAUGACUUUUUUGAUUCAAGGUCUAACAACAUGGAAAAUAACAAUGAACAGGCGUUGCUGGACAGGACGUUAAUGUUGUAUAACCAAGAAUUGAUUAAGAAGGCUACUGAUUUUGUGAAUGAGGAAUUAAAAUAUUACGAUGAAAAUGUGGUGAGUAAGCCACGUAAGAGUAAGGUGAACAGUUGUUUUGAAUUGGAUAUAUUAUUAUUGGAUGACAACAAUAUAAUAAUUCCUAGUGUAAAGAAUGAAGUGGAUGAGCCAUAUUUUGAAAUAGCUGCAAUAUAUCCUAAUAACGGAUUUCCUGAUGAGAAUUAUUCUCGUAAUUUUUGUUAUAUAAAGAUAACAUUUAAUAAGUUAGGAGGUAUGGUAUUACGUGAUUUGUUUACAUUAGAAUGUGAGUUUUUAGUAGAUUGGGGAGACAAUUUAUUAAUUCAGGCAAAGAAAUAUACAUUACAUGAGGUAUAUAAUAAUUCUGAAUCAUAUGAUAUAAAUUUAAGAAAUUUGUAUGACCAAGGAUUUGCAUAUUUACGAUGUAAUGUACCACAAAAGCCAAAUGGAAAGGUAAAUUUAAAAGUGCGUAUACCUAAAACAGUAUGGCAUUAUUGGGAGGCAGUAGCUGAAGAAUCAUUGAAAAUAAAUUAUGAAUUUUUAGAUAAGCAUAAUGUUCAUAGGCAAUUAUUAUUUUGUUCAUAUUUGGAUAAUAUAAAUAAGAAUUUUACAGCAUAUGUAAAGAAUUCAUCAAAGAGUGGUGGUACUAACAAUAAUAAUAAUAAUAGUAAUAAUAAUAAUAAUAAUAAUAAUAAUAACAAUAAUAAUAAUAAUAAUAAUAAUAAUAAUAAUAACAAUAAUAAUAAUAAUAACAAUAAUAAUAAUAAUAAUAAUAAUAAUGGUAAUCAUCAUCAUAUGGCUAAUCUUAUGACUACUAAUAAUAUGAAUCAUAACAAUAAUAACAAUAAUAAUAAUAAUCAUAUGUUUGAAUUAAUGAAUAAUAAUAUAGCUAGUUUUGCAAAAUUGGAAGAUGAUUUUAUUCCAAGAAAUUCAUAUAACAAUAUGGAUAAGAAAUCAAAAAAUAAUGGUAUGCCCCCACCCCCACCAGAUUUAAUGAAUAGUAAUAAUAAAAUGAUGCCUUAUAAUUUUAAUAGUUUUUCUAAAGGACCUACAGGUGGUGUAGUAGGAGCAGCAGAUCUGGCAAACAUGUCUAAUAUGAAUAAUAGAUUAAUGUAUAAUCAAAAUAAUAAUCCAAAUAAUGCUAACAAUAAUAAUAAUAAUAAUAAUACUAAUAAUAUGUAUAAUAAUAUGGAUUAUGCAGCUGUUUUAAAUUCCAUGCCCUAUU